AUGUACUUCACCAAGUCCCUCCUGCUGCUGGCAGCCUUGACCUCUACCACCCUCGCUCGCGUAGAAGGCCACGAGAGACGCCAGGCCACCUCGACUACUUCCUCCCCCUCCACCUCAUCCUCCUCCUCAGGAACCUUUUCCACAUCCGGCUUCGGCCAAAAGACCGUCAGUUCCGGCAGCGGCAUAACCUACAAAGGCAACGUCGGCAACCCCUGGGGCAGCAACAUCAUCGAGGUCUCGGAAUCCGACGCCGAAUCCUACAAAUACGUCGCCAAGAUCAGCGGCCAAAACACCGAGCCGUGGAUCGUCACCUUCUUCAACAAGUACGGCCCCUCGGGCAACAUGGACGGCUGGUUCGGGAAUUCCGCGCUGACACUCACCCUCAACGCCGGCGAAACCAAGUAUGUCGCCUUUGACGAGGACACCAACGGCGGCUGGGCUGCUGCCCAGGGCACGAAUAUCCCGCUGGACGGCAGCGGCGGGUAUGCGUCUACCUGGGGCGAGUUCGACGUUGGGAGUACCGGCAAUAACGGCUGGUCGGGCUUUGAUGUCUCUGCGAUUGUGCCGCAGAAUGCGGGGCUUACCGUCCAGGGCAUGAAGAUCUGUGAGGAGACCAGUGGGGUCUGCUCGAGUAUCACGCCUGAUGCCGCGGUCGUUGAUAAUGCGUAUACCAAGGCGGAGACGGAUGUUGGGGGCAUUGGAGGGAAUAUCUCCGAGGAUCGCAGGAUUGUUCUCGAUGUUACGAUUGAUUAUCAGGGUUGA